AUGGAACAAGUGGUUGUUUCUGUCUGUGGUAAGCAUCGAGAUCAUGUUCAUUAUUGUCAAAGCAAACUCACAAAUCUUUUAAAAGAUAUGAUUGGUGGGAAAUGCAAAACAUUAAUGAUUGCCAAUAUUUGGCCAGAAUUAUCAAACUUGGAGGAAACCAUAUCAACCUUCAAAUUUGCUACAAGAAUGAUAAAAGUGCAUAACAAGGCUAUUAUUAAUGUAAACCAGGAUCCAGAAGUUCUAUUAAGAAAGUAUGAAAGAGAUAAUGGAUUCCAAAAGUGAGUUAAAUCAGACUUAUAUUCCUUCACCUCCUGGAAAGCUUUUAGACCUUUCAAAGAAAUCCCUAGCAGGAAGCAUUGAUGAAAUCGAUGAUUUUCCAUCUAUUUGCUACUACAGGGAUUUGAUGCAUCAGAUGAAGCUUGUCUACAGGAAGCUAGAGUAUCCUCAAGCAGACAUGGAGACAAAUCUAGAGACAGUUUUGAUGGAGGAGAUGAUGAUACAAUGGCUCCUGCUGAAUUAAAAAGACGUAAAACCUUGAUCGAAGAAGAGGGUGUUGGAGAAGAAAAAAAGAUACUUCAGAAUUCGGAAUGAUGGAUGAUGGAUGAUGGAGAAAAUUCUCUAAAAGAUAAAGAAGAAUCGAAAUAAGAUAACUAGGAAGAAGAAUCUGAGGCUAGGGUUCCUUCAAGGAAAAGAUCCAAAAGAAAGGGAUUUAAAUCUAAGAAAGAUGCCUUUAAAGAAUAUAGAAAAGAUGAAGGAAAGCAAUUAGAAGAAGAUAUCAAAUAAAAGAUCAGAGCUUAAAGAGAAGAAAGAAGAAAUAUAAAAACUCAAAGAAAACUUGAUGGGAAGAAGAUGUUAUUGAUGAAGAAGAAUAUAACAUCCUGAUGCAAUUAAACGAACAUAAGAAAUUAUACAGAGAGAAUUUCGAUAAAUAUAAAUCCCUUAAAGGAUAUACAUUCUUCAUUCAAAACAAUAUUGGCUAACUAAAUGAGCAGUUAAUAUUUAAGGUCGAGGCCUAGUACG